UCUGUGAAGACCCUGAUUGAUCGAUCCUGCUUUGAGACAAUUGAUGAUUCUUCUCCUGAAUUUAACAACUUUGCAGCUAUUUUGGAACAGAUUCUAAGUCACCGGCUAAAAGAGAGUUCCCAAAGUUGCAGAUGGCUGGCUCAUCUCCAAAUACCUCUCCAAGGUCAAGUAACCUGGUUUGGUUAUGAAAGUCCUCGUAGCUUCUGGGACUAUAUCAGAGUGGCUUGCCGAAAAGUCUCACAGAACUGUAUCUGCAGUAUUGAAAAUAUGGAAAAUGUCAAUUCCUCUAGAGCCAAGGAGCCUUGGUGGCACUGCAAGGGUAGAGCCUGGAUCAGAGUAGCACUCAUGGAAAAACAUUUAUCUGAAUACAUCUCUACAGCUCUGAGAGACUUCAAAACAACCAGAAGAUUUUAUGAAGACGGAGCAAUUGUCCUCGGUGAGGAAGCAAAUAUGCUUGCUGGCAUGCUGCUUGGACUCAAUGCUAUUGAUUUCAGCUUCUGUCUAAAAGGAGAAGGAUUGGAUGGCAGCUUUCCUGCUGUAAUAGACUAUACACCAUAUCUGAAGUUUACCCAAAGUUCUGAUAGUAUCAGCAGUGAUGAGGAAGAGCUAAGGACCUUGGGAAGCAGUGGUAGUGAAAGCAGCACUCCAGAGAAUGUCGGACCUCCUUUCAUCAUGGAUGAAAACAGCUGGUUCAACAAGUGUAAGAGAGUCAAACAAAAGUAUCAGCUUACCGUGGAACAAAAGGGUUAUCUUGAAGAACUCUUAAGACUUCGAGAGAACCAGUUAUCUGAAUCAGUCUCCCAGAAUAAAAUAUUACUUCAAAGGAUUGAAGAUUCUGAUCUGUCCCAUAAAUUGGAGAAGGAGCAAUUAGAAUAUAUAAUUGUGGAGCUUCAAGAUCAGCUGACUGUGCUAAAGAAUAAUGAUUUAAGAUCAAGACAAGAGUUAACUGCCCACCUCACCAACCAGUGGCCUUCCCCAGGAGCUCUGGAUGUCAAUGCUGUUGCCUUGGAUACGUUGCUUUACCGAAAACACAAUAAACAGUGGUAUGAGAAAAGUUUUCAUAGUCUUGACCAGUUAUCAGCUGAAGUUAGUCUUUCUCAGACCUCACUGGAUCCAAGCCAGUCACAAGAAGGAGAUGGAAAACCAGACACAUUAAAUUUAAUUAGCGAAGGCAAAGAAGACACUCCCUCAUUGCUUGGUCUCUGUGGCUCUCUAACAUCAGUGGCAAGUUACAAGUCUCUAACAAGCUUAAAAUCUAAUGACUACCUUGCAAGUCCUACAACAGAGAUGACAAGUCCCGGAUUAACUCCAUCCUGAGGAAAAAAAAAUUUUAAAGCCAGGUGUUUUUAUGUUGUAAAAGUUCAGUUUACUUAAAUUUGACUGCUGGGAGACUGCUGAAGUUUUUUAUUGCUCUGAAAUAUGUCUGGGAUUCUACUGUUUAGAGUUCAGUCUACUCCAUCUAACUUGAGUGAAAACCAUUGAUCCUAUUUUUCAUUUUUAAAACUCUAAUCUUUGUCAUUGAACCUCUUAAAGAUCCUCCAAAUUAAUAAUGCCACAAACUGUAUUUAUUGUUCAACCAAUUUUCAUGUACUCAUUUCAUUGUAUUUUAGUCACCAGAGAUUGAUUUUGAGCUUCUAUUCCAAAUAGUUAAGACAAAUAGUGUUUUCACAGAAAAAUGACUUACACGUUUCAUUCAUUAAUUUCUUCCUAUGUUUUGAUGUUUCAAUGCUUACUUUCUAACUUGAAGGUCCUUGACUGCAGUUUCAGAGGCUUGUUUUCAACAUUUAUCAUUUGGGGUCUACUUGACAUUCCACCUAAUAUUUUAUAAAUUUGUAGGAAUGUGUCUUUUAGGGUAUUAAUAAUUUGUUAACAUCAGAGGAAAAUUAUUUUAAAGUAUUUUAGGCCAUUCAGAUUAAACUGGAUAAAUUUCUUAACUUUGUUUUCCCAAGAUUUUUUUUAAAGGUUUUUGAUUUUAACUAUGUUCAAGCAUGUCUCAAAAUAUUGGAAAUAUUUAAAGAUGUAAAAAGAACAUUGAAAAGGUAUUUUAUCAAGUUCAAAUUAAGGAUUUGAGAAGCUUUAAAAUAAGGAUCAGUAGGCUAAUCAUCAUACCAAAUAAAUAUUUGUGUGACAUAAAAUCUUUUCCCGUUUGCAAGAACAGUGAGGUGUAUAUUUUAUAGCCGCUUAUCACUAAUCAUACCAUAAUCUCAUUUUAAAAUUGAUAUGUUAAAAAUCCAUACACUUCCACAGAUAAUUAUUUUGUAGCUUUUGCAAUAACUGCAGAUAAUCAUUUGUCUCUUAAAAUUUAACUGUACUGAGAGGAAUGUAUUUAGUAUAUUUUCUAUAGUGGAGACUAUGAGGAAAACAUGAUUAGUUGUGCCAAAGAAGUUUUAUACAUUGUUUACAUAAAGAGGCUACAAUACUUUUAAAGGACUUCCUAUGGUAUUUUUGUUUAUUACUAAAGCUUUACAUUCAAGCUUAGUAGUGUUGAUAGAAACAUAGAAUGUUCCUCCUAAGGCAGUUUGCUGAGGCAGAGUUGUAAAGGUUGUCCCAUUUGUUCUUUGGACUAGCAAUGUAGAACCGUGGUGGUUCCUUGCAGUAUUGAUAGCAUCGUCUAUAAUUUGGAAUUUGAUAACAGUACAAACUAUGUUAAUGCAAGGACAAAGGCGGCCAAGGAGUACUUAAAAAGUUGACUGUCCUAGACAUGCCAGAACACACAGAGAUUUCUUCCUUUGCUGAAGGCUUUGUACUUGUAGAAAUGCAAAUACUUAUUUUGGAGAAAGAGUACUGUUAAUCUAUUCCUAGUCCUGUAUACCUAAUUGUGAAUGAGGUAUCCAAAGCACUUUUUAAUAGCUGUGGCUGAUAGAAGGUAUGAAAACAAGGAUAGCUGGAAACUGUGGAAAGUCUGAGGGAAAUGAUUAAGGAAGUGAACUUCAAAAAAUUUAGACCUUGAGCACUAUUGCUGCUUUCUUAAGAACCGUCAUAAAACUCAAAUACUUUAUCAUUCAUGGUCUGCUCUCAACUGACAUUUAUGAUCCUUUAGUAAUUAAAAAAAUCAGUUAAAAUUUCCCAUACCUUUUUAAUAAAAGGAAAUCCAAGAUUCCACAAUUGAUACUUUUUUUUUCCAAUUUGUCUACUGUAUACAGUAAAUAUGGCAUCUGAGGAUCAUGACCUUUCCUCCUUUCUAGGAGCUCUUGUAUAAAUUCAUCUGCUAUUAUAAAAUUCAGGUUUCUAUUCCUUUUCUUUCACCCUAGUUAUAGAGGUUAGUGUUUGCAUGAGGAAAAAUGUUAUGUCUCAACCCUUAAUUUCAGGUUGUAGUAUUUAUUGUUUAUAAAAAAGAAUGCUGAGUUAUAUGCCAAUAUUCCCACGUGUAUUUUGUUGCCUUGAUGUACUAUACUUGUUGCAUGUAUAGUAAACAUUUUGUACCAUGUCA